UCGGUUUCCCGCUUGGGCAGAUCCCAAAGACGGUCACCUGAUUUAGAGGAAAAGAAGCGAAAUUUAAGUUUCUCUUGCCUUUUCCAGCGGAGGGGGCGACGAUGGCGGCUGGAGCGCCCUUGCAGGAUUUGGUGGAAGAAGCUACUUGCUCCAUUUGCCUGGACUUUUUCCAGGAUCCCGUGCUCAUCCCGGAGUGCGGCCACAACUUCUGCCGGGACUGCCUGACCCGCAGUUGCGGGGCGUCCUGCCCCCAUUGCAGAAAGGCCUUUAGUCUCCGCAGCCUCCUCCCCAACAGGCAGCUGGCGCGGAUGGCUGAAGUGGCCAGGCGAUGCGGAGGCCAUUCGGAGGAAGAAGGAGGGAGCUUCUGCCCGAAGCACCGGGAGCUCAAGCUCUUUUGUAAGGACCACGAGACCCUCAUCUGCAUGGUCUGCGACCGAUCCAAAGAGCACAGGGGCCACUGGGUGAUCCUUGAGGAGCAGGCUUUCCAGGAAUACAAGAUGAAGGUUGGGAAUUGCCUGAAGGCUCAGAAGGAGCAGAAAGAAAAAAUAGCUACAUACAAAAGAGACACAGAGAAAAAACUGCAGGAGAUGCUUGACCUCAUCAAAGAAGAGAAAGAAAAUGUAGUGGCUGAAUUCAGAGAGCUACAACUCUGGUUAGAAGGACAGGAGAAUCUUCUAUUGAGUGAAAUGGAAGAAACGGAGAAGGAGAUUAUGGCAAGAAAGGAGGAGGGUUUGGCCACGCACAUGGAGGAACUCUGCUCUCUUGACCAUCUCAUCCAGGAGAUAGAAGAGAAGCUUCAGCAGCCAGCCAGCAAACUCUUACAGAACAUUGGAGGCAUCUUGAAGAAUUACCAGGCUAAGGAAACAUAUGAGAAUCCGGUGGAUUUACCUGAAGACCCGAAGUGGAAUAUCAGGGAUUACAGUGAUAUCACUGUGUUUCUGAAAAGUGCCAUGAAAAAAUUUAGAGAUACUCUGGAAAGUGGACUUCAACAACGGGAAGUGAAUGUAAUUCUGGAUCCAGACACAGCCCAUCCCAACUGGCUUGACAUCUCCGAAGAUCGAAAAAGGGUCAAAGGACUUAAACCAAUUAAAGAAAUAAAUGCUGUCCCAAACAGCAAGAGAUUUGUAUAUAAUCCUUAUGUCCUUGGAUGUCAGAGGUUCUCAUCAGGACAACAUUUCUGGGAAGUAAUUGUAGGAGAUAGAGGAGGAUGGGGUAUAGGAGUUGCCAACAAACCAUUGAACUUAACAGAUAUUGAUGACCAGACCAGGCGCUGGCAGAUUGGGAAAUGGGGAGGGAAAUACAAGGCCAUCUCUCCGUCAAGACGCUCUGACCUGGUCCUGACCGAGGAGCCCAUGAGCAUCCGCAUCUGUCUCAACUGCAAAGAGGGGCAAGUGAGCUUUUUUGAUGCCAGAACAGCAGUUCUGCUCCAUACAUUCUCAGACUUGGUUGGGGAGAUCUUUCUGCCCUGUUUCUAUUUGGAUGGUGGUGCCUGCCUGACACUCCCCUCAAAGAAGGGACGUCCAUAGGCAAAACUUGGAAAAAUCCCUAUUUGCCAAGCGAUGAUCUCUGGAAGCCUUUAAAGCAACAGUUCCUUAGCUUCAUGCUAAUUCAGCUUCCUUGAUUGUGUAUUCUAUGCCGCACUGAGUUGCUUGCAGUUGUCUAGCAUUGGAAAUUGAAGGAAUGGGUCAGUCAGUCAGUCAGUCAGUCUAAAACAGGAGGUGUCCAAUGAAAGCUUGAUAGGCUGUAAUGUCCUUUCUUCCGGUUUAUCAAUAUUAAAGAUGGCUUAUCUUACAGCCGAACCCAUAAAUCAUGGGUUUUAGAUGCCCAUCAGGGGUCUCCUGCCCAUUUAUGUACCAUGCUUGUUUGUUUCAUGCUUAGUUGCAAUCAGUGAUUGUGUAGGUUCCCAUUAUUCAAUAUAUUCUGUAAUCCUUCCCUGCUUUUUUUCUUCCCUCUCUGCUUUUUUUCUGUUUUAUUUUAAAUAUACACAUAAUUUUUAUAAUCUCAACAACCCUAGCGGGGCUUCAGAAAGUACAGCCUCAUGGUUGUUGUUUUUUUUUACAAAUCUUAUUACUGUUUGUCUCUUUUUAUACUUAUCUAAGUUAUCUACAGGACUCGGAUAACUCAUUGUAAGAGUGAUUGUAAUUUUAUAGAUGUCUCAUGGGCUGUAGUUCCUUCCUUUGCAAUUUUAUAUCAAUAAAUGUAUUUUUACCUUA